AGAAGGGAAAGUUUGGCCGGUGUGUGGGGAUUAGCGGAGGGCGGGACGGAGGGGCCGGGCUGAGGCGAAGGUUUUGUUGCUGCUGCCGCUGAGGCCGAGGCCGAGGCCGGGUCGGGCGGUGCCGGGAGCGGAGGAUCAGAAGUGAGACCGGUUUCAGUGUAGAGCUGUUGCCGCCCGCCGCGCGGUAACCCCGGGCCCAGGUGCCGUGCAGCCCGCGGUUGCUCCCAGGCUGUUGGGGGCGCGGCGGUUGGGGGCGGGGAGAGGCGCGCGAGCUGGGCUCGGGCAGCACUUUGAAGGAGCACUGCGCGCGGAGCCGCCGUCAUGUCAGAGGACUCGAGCGCGUUGCCCUGGUCCAUCAACCGGGACGACUACGAACUGCAGGAGGUGAUCGGGAGUGGAGCAACAGCUGUGGUCCAAGCGGCAUAUUGUGCCCCUAAAAAGGAGAAAGUGGCAAUCAAACGGAUAAACCUUGAGAAAUGUCAAACUAGCAUGGAUGAACUCCUGAAAGAAAUUCAAGCCAUGAGUCAGUGCCACCAUCCCAAUAUUGUGUCUUACUACACGUCUUUUGUGGUAAAAGAUGAGCUGUGGCUAGUCAUGAGGCUGCUAAGCGGAGGUUCUGUUCUGGAUAUUAUUAAACACAUUGUGGCCAAGGGAGAACACAAAAGUGGAGUUCUGGAUGAGCCUACCAUUGCUACAAUACUCAGAGAAGUGUUGGAAGGGUUGGAAUAUCUGCACAAAAAUGGGCAGAUUCACAGAGAUGUGAAAGCUGGAAACAUUCUUCUUGGAGAAGAUGGCUCGGUACAGAUUGCAGACUUUGGGGUUAGUGCAUUUUUAGCAACUGGUGGUGAUAUUACCCGAAACAAAGUGAGAAAGACCUUCGUUGGAACUCCUUGCUGGAUGGCACCUGAAGUUAUGGAGCAGGUCCGUGGUUAUGAUUUCAAAGCUGAUAUCUGGAGUUUUGGGAUCACAGCAAUUGAACUGGCCACAGGGGCAGCUCCUUACCAUAAGUACCCGCCAAUGAAGGUUUUAAUGCUGACACUGCAGAAUGAUCCUCCUUCUUUGGAAACUGGUGUUCAAGAUAAAGAAAUGCUGAAAAAGUAUGGAAAAUCAUUUAGAAAAAUGAUUUCAUUGUGCCUUCAAAAGGAUCCAGAGAAAAGACCAACAGCAGCAGAACUGUUAAGGCACAAAUUUUUCCAAAAAGCGAAGAAUAAAGAAUUUCUUCAAGAAAAAAUAUUGCAGAGAGCACCAACCAUUUCUGAAAGAGCUAAAAAGGUUCGCAGAGUGCCAGGCUCCAGUGGCCGUCUUCAUAAGACAGAAGAUGGCGGCUGGGAGUGGAGUGAUGACGAAUUUGAUGAGGAAAGUGAGGAAGGGAAAGCAGCCAUUUCACAACUCAGGUCUCCCCGAGUGAAAGAAUCAUUAUCAAGUUCUGAGCUGUUUCCAACAACUGAUCCCGUGGGUCCUUUUCUCCAAGUUCCAGAACAGAUUUCUGCUCAUCUACCUCAGCCUGCUGGGCAGGUGCCUGCACAGCCGACCCAAGGCUCUGCCCCAGCCCCCGCAGAGCCAGCAAAGACAGCUCAGGCUCUGUUUCCAGAAGCAGGCUCACAGGAAACCAGGGUCCCAAUCAGUCUUGUACUAAGAUUAAGCUUUCAGGAGGAAAGAUUGAACAGUUGUGUAGUAAGCAGACUAUAGGCUGUUGUGGAAGGACACCAUGAAGAGAGAAAAUGAAAUGCCUCACGUGAUGAUCAGGUCCAGGUGGGCAGUUGAUUUGUGUUAUGUACCUCUGUAGCUCAAAGUGAACUUCGGGCAGUGUACAUGUGAAACUAUAGGCUGUGUACACAUGCAGAGAGAAGGCAGUGCAAGGGGAAAAGUGACUUGGGGCAGGUUGUGUUGGAGGUGGUAGCUCUAUUUUAGUAGUAUCCUCAAGUAUUUGUCCAACAGACUGAAAUAAAGUCCUCUGCAUUGUUUAGGUAAAAUGGACUUGGGUCCUAAGUGAUCAGGCAUGUCUGCCUGUAAACAUUAUGUUCUGAUUUCUCCACUUUUAACCAGAACCACCAGGGAGCCUGGUUGAUCUCAGGGCCUGGUGUGGUGAGUGAUGGCUGUCCCUGUGCCUCACUAGUCAUGUUGGCAUCUCUGGAGUCAUGUAUCGACUCUGCUGCCCCUGAGGGCCCAAUUCCUUGCCCUGUCUUCUCUGCCUGCCCAGAUCCUACUGUCCAUUAGGUCCUAUCUAAAAAGUACUUCUAAAGUUCUUCCUCAUUAUUCCAAACCUUGUAUGCUUUAUCCUCCUCCUCUGAAUGCCUGUGGAAUUUGGGGCACCAUGUGUUUUACUCAUAGUCUGCUGAGAUGGAUCAGUGGUGGGCAGAGCAGUGCAGGCGCUGGAGCCCAAGGAUGGGAGUGCGUCUCAGGAUGAACAGGGUGUCCUGUGUCGUUUUCCUCACACCUCCCUGUGCACAUGCGGAUUUUCCUCUUGGUUUCAUACAGUCUUAGUGGGCAUGAGGAUGAGAACUGCCUUAGAUGCAUGAGAUUUUAACACCAGUCAAAGGGGGACUGAAGUACAGGGGGUUGUCAUGUAGGACAGUUAGGUGGUCCCUCUGAGCCCUGUGGUAUGAACUCAUUAGGAUGAAUCACAUGGUCUUGGGGGACAGAACAAUCUUUCCUGAGGCUCAGCUUUCCGGAUACAUGUUAACAGAGUAUAUGCAUAAAU